AUGGCGUCGAUGAUCGACCUCUGCGAUCUGAUCGCACAAAAUCCUUCGCAAUUUGCUGAUAAAGUGGCUUGGAUUUGUGGCCGAUGUCCACCAAUUAACUCUGUACUGCCACCGUUAGAUGUCUUUCUAAAUGCCCAAUUUCGACGACAUGAGGCCGUAAUCGGCAGUCCUAGGGUUUUUUUAUGUCGAUUCCGUAUUCUUUGGCCCAAUCUUUUUGGCCGCAGUCGUUUGGAAAAGAUUCAAUCUCUUCGUACGAUUUCUUGAGUUAUGUGAAUAAAGCCAGUGAGUUGUCCUCGAAUUUUGCCAUGGCCAUUGCGGAGUAUACGGGAGAGAUUGUAAUGUCGGCGAUUAACAAUG